AUGGGACAGAGAGUUGAUCUUUGGUCUGAGAUAAUUAAAUCAGAAGAACAAGACGGAGAUACAUUCAGAGAUAUACCUAAGGUCGAAGUAUAUCAGAGAAGAAAGAAACUUGAGAAGCCCUCCAAAGCUGCAGACUCAGGGAGAGAGAGUAUUGCGGUGGGCGCUUACGUCAACAAUCAGCCUGACAAGAAGCCACCCAGGAGGAAAAAUCCCGCUAUCCCAAAGGGAAAAGUUGUUAAAGCUCCAGACUUCCAGAAAGAAAAGGAUUACUUUCAUGAGGUUGAUGCUUUUGAGCUUCUAGAAGAGAGUCCCUCUCCCAAGACCAAGAAUUCUAGUACAUGGACCAUGGGUGAACAAGUUGUUCCUGAGGUGCCACAUCUGUCCACAAGAUUAGAAAAAUGGCUCAUCUCGAAGAAGUUGAAUCUUGCUUGUGGGCCUUCGAGCACACUCUCUAAGAUACUUGAAAACUCAAACUCAGUCACACGCCUGGAGCCAAUAUAUGAUGAUGAUUCAUUUGAUCCAUUGACUCUAAAAACCCCGGAAAAUUCUUCUGCUAGCGACACUCCACUUUUCCGGCUCAUCCCGAGUGAAGAAUGCUUAGAUGCCGAAGAUAUGCCUGUUAGAAAAAUCAAGGUGGAAGAAAUCGACCUUGAAGAUGAGCUGAAACGACUGUCUUUGACGUCUGAUCUGACCUCCACUCAUCUAGAUUUUACCAAGCCGUUACGUGAUCUCUUGUCCGCCUGUGGCCAGGUGCAACCAUCAAACUUCGUGGAAGCAUUUUCUAAAUUCUGUGAACCAGAAAGCAUUGUCAAGAUUGGUGAAGGUACAUAUGGGGAGGCUUUUCGGGCUGGUCAUAGUGUCUGUAAAAUAGUUCCAAUAGAUGGAGACUUCAGGGUUAAUGGAGAAAUACAGAAGAGAGCUGACGAACUGCUCGAGGAAGUGAUUCUCUCAUGGACUCUUAAUCAACUUAGAGAAUGUGAGACUGAAACUCAGAAUUCGUGCCCCACGUUCAUAAAAACUCAAGAUUUAAAAGUAUGCCAAGGUCCCUAUGACCCGGUACUGAUAAAAGCAUGGGAAGAAUGGGAUGCAAAAAAUGGCUCUGAGAAUGAUCACCCAGAUUUUCCGGAGAAACAAUGUUAUGUCAUGUUUGUUCUGGAACAUGGUGGGAAAGAUCUUGAAAGCUUCGUACUUUUGAAUUUUGAUGAAGCACGGAGCUUAUUGGUGCAGGUUAUGGCUGGCCUAGCAAUUGCUGAAGCUGCUUUUGAGUUCGAGCACCGAGACCUGCACUGGGGAAACAUUCUUCUGAGUCGUAAUGACUCGAGUACUCUGCCUUUUAUUCUCGAGGGGAAACAAGUUUUCAUCAAAACUUUUGGAGUACAGAUAUCCAUAAUUGACUUUACUCUUUCAAGAAUCAAUACAGGUGAAAAGAUACUCUUUCUUGACCUUACCUCUGAUCCAUACCUUUUCAAAGGACCAAAAGGAGAUAAACAAUCGGAAACUUACAGAAAGAUGAAGGCGGUUACUGAAGAUUGCUGGGAAGGACAGUAA